GUAGAUGGAGCAAUGUUCUCCUUUUCUGGGAUAGUAACAGCUCAGGCUAAAGGUUAAUCAGAUAAUAGUUAUGGCUAAUCUGCUAACUGUGCUUGGAAAGGAGAAGAAAGAAAAAGUGAACUGAGAGCUACACAGCUUUCUGUCGAAUAAUUUCCUGGGUGUAAAAAUAAGGCUGAGUCCAUGACUGAUCCUGUGGACUACUGGCAGAGUGAAGCUACACCCUCUUCAUUAAUGCAGUAGCAACUUGGUGGCUGAGUGUUUACCUGAAUUAACUGAUUUACCAGCUGGUUGAGAGGGUGAUUUAAGUAAAGUGUCCAGUCUGCCUGAAGAUGAUGCAGCCUACUGAGAUGGAAAGGAGCGGCGGAGGUUCCAGAGCAGAAGAAAGGGCGUCUGUUGUGAUUCCACAUAACAGUGUCAGCGUCCAUGGGAUCUCUUACACAGUCAGAGAACGUGUUGGACUUUGGUGGGAUAUCCCAUCAUAUCAUAAAAAAUACACACGGCAGAUCCUCAGAGAUGUCUCAUUUCACAUAGAGAGUGGCCAGAUCAUGGCAAUUUUGGGAAAUUCUGGCUCUGGAAAAACAACUCUGCUGGAUGCAAUAUCAGGAAGACUGAGACAAAAAGGAAAUUUCUUUGGUGAAGUGUACAUGAAUGGGCAAGAGCUGAAGAAAGAACAAUUUCAGGACUGCUUCUCAUAUGUUCAACAGAAUGAUACUUUGUUAGGUUAUCUCACCAUACAAGAAUCUUUGACUUACACGGCUUUACUCGCACUUCAGAAGCACUCCAACGACUUCAUUAAAAGGAAGGUAGAUGCUGUUAUGGCUGAGCUGAGCCUCAGCCAUGUUGCUACUAAUGUCAUUGGAAGCCGUAUUUUUAGGGGAAUUUCUGGUGGUGAGAGGCGUCGCGUUUCAAUUGCAGCCCAGCUAUUACAAGAUCCUAAGGUCAUGUUACUCGAUGAACCAACUACGGGACUGGACUGCAUGACUGCAAAUCAGAUUGUCUUGUUGCUUUCGGAACUUGCACGCAAAGACAGAAUUGUGAUUAUUACAAUUCAUCAACCACGGUCAGAACUUUUCAGGUUAUUUGACAAAAUCGCCAUCAUGAGUUUUGGAGAAUUGGUUUUCUGUGGGGACCCUCCAGAAAUGAUCACAUUUUUUAGUGAUUGCAACUAUGCCUGCCCUGAACAAUCAAAUCCUUUUGACUUUUAUGUGGAUCUGACAUCUGUGGACACUCAAAGCAAAGAACGUGAACUGGAAACCUACAGAAGAGUUCACAUAAUUACAUCUGCCUAUAAAAAUUCAGAGAUCUUUCGCAAGACUUUGGAGGCCAUUGAAAGAACAAAACGCAUGAAAGACCUGCCAGCAAUACCAUUCAAAAGCAAAGACUCACCCAGUGCAGUCUCCAAACUAUGGAUUCUCUUACGGAGGACAACAAGAAACUUCUCCAGAGAUAAGACUGGCAUCAUCAUGCGUCUUUCUCAGAAUCUGUUGUUUGGCCUGUUUUUAGCAAUUUUCCUUCUCAGACUGAAGAAUGAUCUUCUAAAAGGAGCACUGCAAGAUCGCGUGGGGCUCAUUUACCAGUGUCUGAGUGCUACACCUUACACAGGAAUGCUCAAUGCUGUUGCCCUGUUUCCUCCAUUACGUGCUGUCAGUGACCAUGAAAGCAAAGAUGGCUUAUAUCAGAAGUGGCAAAUAUUGUUAGCAUACAUACUACAUUUCCUUCCCUUCAGUAUCAUCAGUGUGGCGAUUUUCAGCACCUUUCUAUACUGGACUGUAGGAAUGAACCCUGAUGUUUCCAGAUUUGGAUAUUUCUUUGCUGUUGUGUUAGUACCUCAUAUAAUUGGCGAGCUACUAACACUUGUUUUGCUUGGUGUGGUUCAAAACCCAAAUGUAGUCAACAGUGGAGUGAUGCUACUUAACGUAGCAGGAGUGCUAGUUGGAAGUGGGCUUGUAAGGCGCACAGAAGACAUGCCUACACCUUUUAAAGUUCUAAGUUACCUUACGUUCCAAAAAUACAGCAGUGAGGUUCUUGCAGUCAAUGAAUUUUAUGGAUUAAACUUCACAUGUGUAUGUUCUCCAGGCAGCCUGGCUCCACUGCCCAGGCCUCAGAUUCUGCAGCAGUACCACUUCCUCCCAAGGAAGGAAGGCACAUCUAGCUUUAGCAACUUAUCUCCUUAGAACUUGGUUAUUGCACUAUUAUCUCGGCACCCAAGAGCAUCAGCCUACACUUCUGGCUUCCCUUGCUUCCUGACUGCAAGUUAUGGUUCCCCAAAGCACUGCUUCCUGGCUUCAUAGAACAGUGGAGAGAGUAUCACCCUUCAAUUAAUUCCCCCUUGUGGGGUAAGGUAGAGUGCAAGAAGCAAGUGCAGGCGAGUUCUGGCAGGAAAUGAAGACAAAAUAAAAGGCUGGGCACUUGGCUCUCGCAAAAUGGUGAAUUCUGUGCAAAAAAUGUCAGCUUCUGCUAUUGUGGAGUUCACAAGGCCCUGAGCAAGAUUAGUGGGACAACUCACACCUCCGAGCUAUUGUUUUAGACUUGCAGCAAAUUGAGGAAGAGAACAGUGCAGUAGUUUGCACAGUUCACAUUUCCACUGUUAUCGCCAACUAGACUGGCUAGAAACAAUUUUUGAAAACAAAAUCUGAGAUUCUGGAGCAGUGUUGUGACAGGGGUGUGUGAUAGGAUGUACAAACCCCACACUGGGCAACAAGGGGUUGUACUAACCCCACACUUGCAGCAAAUACUCCAUCUGCUGGAGGAAUUAAAAGAUAGGAAUAAGCUCACUGGGGUAGCAGAGCUGGAAGAGAGCAGAUUUGCAGCCCACAGCUCCAGCAGAGCAGAGGGAAGCCUAAGCACUCUGACACAGCUGUCCAAAGGGACCCACCCCAGAGACAACCAAAGAAGGAAGUUUCCUGCGGACCUUGGUCACUCCCUCUUACUUAUUUUGGUUUGGAUUUUCCCACCAGGGGAAAAUCUUGGACUAAGCUUACGGGGGUGGAGGGUGAAGGAGAAGGGAGGACAAGAGGAAGAGACCCAGGGAGGACAGCCUUAAGCAGCCUUGGUUGCCAGACUACUGGUAGCCAAAAGGGCCCUGGGUUGGAGCCCCGUUGACUGGGAAGGCCUGGGCUCCCCUCCCCACACCCCCUGGGCAGUCAGGGGUUGUGGCCAUGACCACUAGGCCACACUUUCCAACUGGACCCCAAGUGAGACGCAUUACAAGGGGUGAAAUUCUCCAACUAUGGACACACGGGAUCCUGUUUAUAAGUGAAAAUCAACACCUUUAACAUCUCCUUGAUGUUAGCGCAGAUCAUAACAAUAUACUACAUGCUCUAAGCAGACUGACACAUUAUAGCUAGCUUCAGUUUUGGAUGGUUUUAAAAUGUAGUCCCAUAUAGAGCAUAUUGCAGUAAGUAACCUUGAAGACAACAAAGGCAUUCAUCACAGCAAUGAUAAUAAUAUCUUGCACUUUUCUGUAAGGAUCUCAAAGUAUUUCAUAAAUAUUAAUAAGCCUAAGUCAAACAACUUCCCAGUGCUUAUGGGUCCUUGCAGACAGCAUAUUUGAUGGGCCUUAAAUCUUCCAUUUGGUGUGAGUGAAACUAGUGACACUUCAUUUCUCUCUUUAGAAAAUGCAAAGCAGGUUAGACACAGAAACAUGCAGAAUGCCCCAAUUUCCCAAACACGGCAAAUUGGCUGGGAUGGGCACUGAGGAGCUCCUGGGAAGCCUGUCAGGGAAGGAAAUCUGCUCAGCCACUCUGUGGGUAUUACUCCAGUUUCAGGACCACAGUAAAUUGCAGCAGCUGUCUGAGCUGUGGUAUUUGCAUAGCAAGAGAUCUGCCAAUAUGCUCUCAAGUUUUUGCUGUGAAGCAAUAAGUCAUUGCAGAGCUGAGUUCUGAGCAUACAACGAUGGUACAGCCUCUGCCCAGAUUCUCCUGGAACAACACUGGCUCCACUAUCGACAGUACCCUCCAUCCCCAUAGGGGAAGAGGAACGCGUUGUGAACACAUAUGUUAUAUUAAAAUAAAUUGUAAGGCCAAGUAUAUUAAAUAAAAUCGAGGUGAGUAGAACGUGGGAUCCAGGUGUUUAAAUCAGUGCACCACUUACAGUAACUAGCCUGGCAUGCUCUAUAAUAUAAUACAA